UAUAGUGAGAAAUUAGCGACAAAUAAAAUAUAGGAACAUUAAAUAACAAUCGUGCAACAAAAAAAUGGAAGCCGUACUCCCUCCACCGUCGCCAUUUUGUUAUACUAAUAAUUUGGACAGUUUAACAUCAGGAAACUUAUCGGAAGAGUGGAAAAAAUGGAAAAGUGCAUUCCUUAUUUAUUACGAAGCCUGUGAAUUAGCGAAGAAGAGUGAAAAAGUUCAAAUUAAUAUAUUUUUGGUUGGCGAACAGUGUAGGGAAGUGUACAACCAAUUUAACGAGUCUUUUUCAAAUUUAGGAAGACUAAUAGAAAAAUUUGAUAACUUUUUCAAGGCCAAAAAGAAUAUUACAGUGCUCAGACAUCAGUUUUUUACCCAAGAACAACAAGAUAAUGAGUCUGUCGAACAAUAUGCUUUUCAACUAAAGAAAAUGGCGGCAAAUUGUGAGUUUGCGAACUUGUGCGACGACCUCAUAAGAGACCGUAUAAUUUGUGGGAUUACAGAUAAUUCAUUAAGAGAACGUUUGUUAAGAGAACCGGAUUUAACUCUUCAAAAAACAUUAGAUAUAUGUAAUCUUGCCCAAAUAUCAAAAGUGCAAGCUGGAACAAUUAAAUGUAAAACCGAAGAAAAUAAUGCAUACGAAGUAAACAAACGUAAUGAAAAUAAAGACAUCUGUUAUGAAAACUACGAGUGUGACGCAAUGUGGAGAUUUCAGCGUGCGGGCGCAGCGGAAGCAGGGCGUGCGCGCGGGCGCGGUGUUCGCGGCGUGCCAUGGCGCGGCGGUACAACGCGGCGUUGCCAGCCCGCACGCCCCGGCGGCGUUUCCGGCAUGCAUUCUGCGUCAAACAAUUUUCGUACUACGUCUUCGACGUUUAAUAACGAAAAUGUAAAUUCGAACAAUAAGUAUGUGAGACGUGAUAACAGUUCAAAGUGCAUGAAGUGCGUGUCCAGCGUACGGAAGGAGAUGCCUUAA